AUGGCUGAAUUAUUUCUAGGCAAAGUUUUGAUAAAAAAUAACAGUGAUCAGGACGAGUUGGACACUGAGCGAGAGGUUUGGAAGAUACUGGAAAAUCGUAUUCUGCUUUUGUACUUUGCCGAGUCAGGAUGUCCACGCUGCCAGGAGUUUGCACCACGCUUAAAGGAAUUCUUUACCAAACUGACUGAUGAGUUCUACGUGAACCGAGCUUCCCAGCUGGCACUGGUUUAUGUGACCCUAGACCGCACUGAGGAGGAGCAUGACAACUUCAUAAAGGACAUGCCAAAGCGGUGGUUAUUGGUCCCUUUUGAAGAUGAAGAGUUUAGAAGGGAACUGGAAGUUCAGUUCUCAGUUUCUGAAGUACCAGUCCUUGUAGUCCUGAAGCCGUCUGGACAGAUCAUCUCUCCGAAUGCAGUGGAUGAAGUGGUUCGCCUAGGACCUCCAUGCUUCAAGAAUUGGCAGGAAGUGUCUGAAAUAAUUGACAGAAGUUUCCUUCUUCCAGAGUUCAGUGACUCAACACCUUCAAGGAGUGUCAGCGAACCUAUCCGUAGAAUAAAAUACAAAGUAGAGAGCAACAAGAAGGAGAAGGUGCGGCCUGGAAGGGACGAUGAUGAUGAUGAUGGAGGUGGUGGAGGAGGAACGGGUUUCUUCUGA